AUGAGAUUAAUAAUUCAAAGAUGUUUGAGUGGUUCAGUCUCAGUUGGAGAUUAAUUAGUAUCACAAAUAGGAAAAGGAUUAGUAGUAUUGUUAGGAGUAUUAAUACAUAUAUAUAUAUAUAUUAAGAUUCAUGAAAGAGAUACAAAAGAUGUUGCUAAAAAGUUAGCACAUAAAUUAUCAAAAAUUAGAUUAUGGGAUAAAGAAAAUAAAGCAUGGAAUGGAUCAUGUGUAGAUUUUAAUUAUGAAAUUCUAAUUGUUUCUUAAUUCACAUUAUAUGCUUAUAUGAAAGGUAAUAAACCUGAUUUUCAUUAUGCCAUGGAUGCUGAAAAAGCAAGAGUAUCUUAUUUAAAUUAAAAAAAGUAAUUGUAUGAAUAUUUUGUUGAUGAAUGUGGCAAAGCUUAUAAACCAGAAAAAGUUAAGAUGGGAGCCUUCUAAUAAUACAUGGCAGUUAAUAUUGUAAAUGAUGGACCAGUGACUAUUGAAAUUGAUGAAAUGGAAGUUGAAAAAUAAUAAAAAUAAAUAAAAUAGGAUAAAUAAUAGCAAUUAGUAUAAAAGGAAGAAGACAAUCAAAUUUAAUAAAAAGAUUGA